AUGUCUCAGAAAAUCGGUGGCGGUUCUGUGGUAGAGAUGCAAGGAGAUGAAAUGACACGAAUCAUUUGGGAGUUGAUUAAAGAAAAACUCAUUUUUCCCUAUGUGGAAUUGGACCUUCACAGCUAUGAUUUAGGCAUAGAGAAUUGUGACGCCACCAAUGACCAGGUCACCAAGGAUGCUGCAGAAACGAUAAAGAAGUACAACGUUGGUGUCAAUUGUGCUACCAUCACCCCUGAUGAGAAGAGGGUUGAGGAGUUCAAGCUGAAACAAAUGUGGAAGUCGCCAAAUUGUACCAUCUGAAAUAUUCUGGGUGGUACUGUCUUCAGGGAAGCUAUUAUCUGCAAAAAUAUACCCCGACUUGUGAGCAGCUGGGUAAAACCCAUCAUCGUAGGUCGUCAUGCUUAUGGGGAUCAAUACAGAGCAACUAAUUUUGUUGUUCCUGGGCCUGGGAUAAUAGAGAUGACCUACAUGCCAAGUGAUGGAUCCCCCAAAAAUAUGUACCUGGUACAUAACUUUGAAGAAGGUGGUGGUGUUGCCAUGGGGAUGUACAACGAAGACAAGUCAAUCCAAGAUUUUGCACACAGUUCGUUCCAGAUGGCCCUGUCUAAAAGUUGGCCUUUGUAUCUAAGCACCAAAAACAUUAUUCUGAAGAAAUAUGAUGGGCGUUUUAAAGACAUCUUUCAGGAGAUAUAUGACAAGCAGUACAAAUCCAAGUUUGAAGCCCAGAAGAUCUGGUACGAGCAUAGGCUCAUCGAUGACAUGGUGGCCCAAGCUAUGAAGUCAGAGGGGGGCUUCAUCUGGGCCUGUAAAAACUAGGACGGCGAUGUCCAGUCAGACUCGGUGGCCCAAGGUUACGGCUCUCUUGGCAUGAUGACCAGCGUGCUAAUUUGUCCCGAUGGCAAGACAGUGGAAGCUGAGGCUGCCCAUGGGACUGUAACACAUUACUACUGCAUGUACGAGAAGGGACAGGAGACCUCUACCAAUCCUAUUGCUUCCAUUUUUGCCUGGAUCAGAGGGUUAGCCCACAGAGCGAAGCUUGAUAACAAUAAAGAGCUCAGCUUCUUUGCAAAGGCUUUGGAAGAAGUCUGUAUUGAGACCAUUGAGGCUGGUUUCAUGACCAAGGACUUGGCUGCUUGUAUUAAAGUUUUACCCAAUGUGCAGCGUUCUGACUACUUGAAUACAUUUGAGUUCAUGGACAAACUUGGAGAAAAUUUGAAGAUAAAACUAGCUCAGGCCAAACUUUAAGGUCAUUCCUUGACUUAAAGGGGACAAAUGCUUUUUGGUAACUAGGUCCACUGGUGUACAUUUUUCUGUAUA